AUGGCCACGGCGACGUCUUCCCAGUGCCCCGAUCAGCCACCGGCCCACGACCCGUCAUCACUGUUACACACGACCGAUGUCGUGCCACCAACGGCACCCGACGAGCAACGCCCACCCUCCCAGGCCGACGGCCAGCUCCCGCCAAAUCACACAGAAGAUGCCGCCAUGGCCCUGCGCAAGCUGCUCAAAGGCAAAGAAGAGGAGUGGAGUGCCGUCUCGAGGCGCACCGGUCGAUUGACCCUGCUCGAGCUCCCCUUUGACAUAUUGCGGCUGAUCGUCAACGAGAUCACACAUACAAACGACCUGACCUCCCUCGCCUUGACGAAUUCGACCCUUCACAAUCUCGCCGUUCCACACAUCUACUCUCGCUUCGAUAUCGUGUGGCCUGACGCCACCCAGCUUGCCCAAUCUGAUUCCAAAAGCGUCGAUGCCCUCACCUAUGGCUUAUCAACCCUCUGUCUGGGCAGCAACUUUGCCGUGCGCGCCCAGAAGAUGUUCUCGCCGAAGCCCAGGGGCGGACCGCCUCCCAUGGCACGCCUGCAUAACGACUACGCUCGAUACAUCAAAAAGUUCUCCUUGGGCAACGGCCCCGAUGACUGGGUCGCCGAGUACAUGAUUACAAAGGAGAGCGGCAAAAUGCUGGGAACCCUCGUCGCCCUGGCCGUCGCCAAGAUGGCAAGCCUCGAGACCUUUGUCUGGGACAUGCCCACCGGCGUCCUCUCCGACAUCUUCAUGGCCUUGGCCUCCAUUCAAGACCGCAAUCCGGAUGAGCAGUCCAAGCUCGAGCGCGUAUGGGUGCGCUGGCACGACAACGCCGAUGCGUCGGCCUCCUCGUCCUCGACCAGCCCCAGCUCGUCCAUAGAGACACAGGGCGUCGUGCCCAUCGGCAGUACCUUGACGCCCAUCGGCAUUCUCAUUCCGUCGACGGCAUCGCAUCCUCGCCCCAGAGCGCCUAUCCCUUUCGCCGAAAGCCGCGUCGAGUUUCCGACAUUCAGUGUCCUGCCACCGCUGAGGAGUCUGUCUGUUCUUGACAUCGAUGAGCUCUCUUAUCUCGAUGAGCUCGCUGUUGCCAUCGGGAACUCGCACGAGAACCUGGAGGAGCUGCGCGUGGGCAUCUCCGCCAAGGCGGCACACUCCGACUUUCAGACCACGCAGCGGGCAACUACGACCCCCGGGGAGCUCGCCCUGCAGAUCGUGGACAUCAUCUCGCUGCGCCCAGAGAUCCAGCUCUGCUACGUUGGCAUUGGCAAGAAGUGCUUCGAGAUCCUCGAGAAUAAACCUCUCGACUCGUCUACGCACGGCGUCGCCACCACGGACCCCACGGCCGAAGCAGGCGCGCCUGGUAGCGGCCACGUGGUCCCGGGCCAGCAUGGUUCAGGUGGCGACGAGGCCGCAGACGACGACGAAGAGGACGCGAGCGACGAUGACGAGGAUGCGAGCCAGGUCGACACAUCAGAGGACGAGAACGAGGACGGGCCUGGCGGCAGUGGUGCAGGCAAUGCCAACGACGCAGCCAGCGUGGUCGAUGUUGACGACUCGCAGUCCGAGGCAUCGCUUGGCUCCAGCGACUCUGAUGCAGACUCCUUCCGUGAGGCGGAUCACGUCGGGGCCAGGCCGCGCCUGCGCCUGCGUGAAAUCCUGUUCUACGACGACAAGGUCGCCAUCUUCAAAGCGCGCCACGGACGACUAUAG